UGGGAACAUGGUUUUGAUCGCAGUAGUAAUUUUGGUGUUAUUAAUUAAUAAGCUUGUAACGUGUACUGGGUUGGGUUAUACGUGUGAUAAAAUUGGGAACACUUGUAGACAAUGGAGGGCAGGAGCCCUUGAGGAAGGAAUUAUUCAAGUAGGAGAUAUGCUGUUUUAUUGUGACGACUUUUUCAAUAAUGGGACACUAAAGGGUGCCAUAACGACGGCAGAGCGACUAUGGGAUGGAGGCAUUAUUCCGUACGAAAUUGACGAAAUUUUGUCAAUUAUCUUAGAAAGGCAUAGACCUCUUAUCAUGGCGGCUAUGAAACAAUACGAGGACUUCACCUGCGUGAAAUUCAUAGCUCGGAUGACGGAGGUGAACUACCUCUACAUCGAGCAGGGGACGGCUGGGUGUUCAACUUUUUUCGGGAAUUUGCGGUGGGGAAGGCAAAUAUUGCGACUGGGGCGGGGCUGUCUGUUCAUCGGGACCGUGGUGCACGAACUGGAUCACACGGUCGGUUUACACCACGAACACAAUAGGAUCGAUGGAGACGAAUAUAUAGACGUUUUGUGGGAGAGUAUUCAACAAGGAUCAGAGUGACUAUUUGUGAAGACGCCUGCGUCAAAAGAUUGGCUGAUCAACGGAUAUGAUAUCGACAGCAUUAUGCACUACGGGGAGACGGCCUUUUCCAAGGACGGGGUUAGCCCGACGAUGAAAAGCAAGGACGGUCGGCCUAUUUACGACCCCUGGGGGAAACCUGGUCUCGAGUGGAGUGAUA